AAUGUAAAGAGUGCCUAAGGUUAAAAAACAAACAGCCUUUCAAAGAGCCCGUUUAAGUUAGCAUUAACAAAAGUUCAUGAGAUUUGAGUUGUUCCUAUAUAUAACAUGUUUGGUUACAACCAAGUUUGUGUGUAUGUAAUGGACCAAGGUGUUGAUAAGCAUGAUGUUGUGCAGAAUUCAUCUGCAAAGAGGUUGGUCCCAACGGGUCUUUUUUUUUUUUUUUUUUAGUUUAACUCAGAAAAUUUGAACAAAUUUAAGCCAAAUUGACAUUUACUGCAUCAUUAUUCUAUUCCAAAUUAAGUAAAUCCGGAAUGAAUUCUUUGAUUCGCAGGAUGAUUGGCAAAGUUGCAGUCAUAACUGGUGGUGCAAGAGGAAUUGGAGCUGCCACAGCAAAAUUAUUUGCUGAAAAUGGAGCUUAUGUUGUCAUUGCUGACAUAUUGGAUGAACUAGGGGCCAUGCUUGCUGACUCCAUUGGAGGUCGCUACAUUCAUUGCGAUGUAGCCAAGGAAGAUGAUGUGGAAUCAGCUAUCCAACUUGCCCUAACAUGGAAAGGGAAACUAGACAUACUGUUCAGCAAUGCUGGCUUUGGCGGUCCUUCAGGCAGCAUAACCAGCCUUGACAUGGAGCAAGUGAAACAUCUGAUCUCAGUCAAUCUGCUUGGGAAUGUGCACGGAAUCAAGCAUGCAUCGCGAGCAAUGUUGAAAUGCCGUACAAAAGGUUCCAUCAUAUGCACGUCAAGCUCUGCGGCCGUCAUGGGAGGGCUAGCAUCUCACCCUUACUCCUUGUCAAAAGCCGGUAUCAUUGGAUUGAUGAGAACUGCUGCGUGUGAGUUAGGCUUGCAUGGAAUUCGUGUGAAUUGCGUUUCUCCUCAUGGUGUCCCAACAGAUAUGCUUGUUAGUGGUUAUAGAAUUUUCCGGGGGAAUGAAACAACGCCUGAGCAAGUGAGUAAACUUGUUGGUGAAGAGGGCAGCUUAUUACGUGGGAGAGCUGCAACUGUAGAAGAUGUAGCGCAAGCUGUACUGUUCCUUGCCUCUGAUGAUGCUGGAUUCAUAACAGCACAUAAUCUUGUUCUUGACGGGGGAUAUACUUCUGCUUGCAACACACUGAGUUUCAUCUACCAAUAGCAGAGAAUUGGGAAAGGGAAAAAUGCAGCACACAGGUUGCAACUUAUGUCAU